UUACUUACUGCACCAGGUGAGACUGUGCUGUCCGGUCGUGACAUGGACUGCGGUUGAGUGAUGAAGCACAGUUCGCUCAGGGUUUAGGGGUUGCUGGCAGCGAGCUCGUUCUCUUUCCAUCGACGCGAGUUUGAAUUCGCGGAAAUCCAAUUGCCACAUCUCUUGCUCGUCGUGCAACAUGGACAUCGUGAUUCAUGACGGGCCUGUGAAGAAGGGGAAGAAGAAGGCUCAAAAUUUGAAUGUCCUCGAUCAGCCGCCCAAAUCCAAUGUCGUGUAUGUUGGGCGAAUUCCGCACGGUUUUUACGAGAAGCAAAUGAAGAGUUUUUUUGAGCAGUUCGGGAACAUAAGUAAGCUUCGAAUUUCUCGCAAUAAGAAGACUGGAAAAUCAAAGCAUUUCGGUUUCAUCAAAUUCGAGGUGCCAGAGGUUGCCGCCAUUGUGGCGGAGAGCAUGAAUAACUACUUACUUAUGGAGUCCAUGCUUCAAGUGAAAUUAGUGCCUGUGGAGAAAUACCACCCGAACAUGUGGCUAGGGGCAAAUCGAGUUUACCAACCUGGAAAGGCUGCGUUGAUAAACCGCAUGCGUCAUAAUAGGGUGCGAAAUCCUGUGGAACAAAAACGUUUGAUCAAAGGCAUAGUAAAGAAAGACAAACUACGUCGACAAAAGCUGAAUGCAGCGGGAAUCGACUUCGACUAUCCAGAUAUUAGGAGUCAAAUUCCCAAGAAGCCUAAGAAAAUUGUCUUCGCCGAGGAAGAAUAGAAGUGUAGCGGUCUUUUUAGUAUACAGUUGCGCCCAUUCAACGGUGUAUGCAAGGGUUUAGCCCUUACCCAAGCUCGGCUUGUUUCGCACAUGAGUUGCAGAUUGUGGUGAUUAAAUGUUGGUGUAUUUAGAGCAAAGUCGCGGUGAUAUCCACCCACAACUUGCAGAAUUUACAUUGAUGAAGUGUGCACCAAGAGAUGCACUGCCCCUUCUUGUUAUCAAGAGGCUUACGUGCCCAACUUGAACGUCCAGACCCAAGUUUUCUCAGGAACUUCCUGCAUGUAGGCGGGGAUUUGAAGACGAGCUCUUUAGGCAGAUAGUUUAUGGAUAUAGUUUCCAGUAGAUUACUUCAGAAAUUGCAAAGCUGCUGGUUGCUCGUAUCGAUUUUUUGUAAAAUAUAGAAGUCGCUGCAAAUUGCUUUUAUUUUAUCACUGU